AUGGAAGGCAACUGGGUUCACAUUCCUACUCCUCCCUCGACGACCCCGAGACAGCGCCGUCGCGACAUCCAAUCCCCCGAGACUCAAAGAACGCCUUGUCCUAACGGCCAGCAUCGCUACGUGCCGCAGCUCGUGGGAAUCUUCGACAUCGACAUCCCUGAUCAACUCGUCUCCGAUUUGACAAUCGCUGACAUACAACAGCAUAUCUCACACCUGAUCGCGGGAGAGCCGAGACUUCGCGCGUCCGCGCCAUCUCCACCUGCCUCCGCUCCGCGUCCCUACCGCCGGCCGGGCAGUGCUAGUCUCCGCAGACAAUGCACGGACCCACCUGAGGGACAGGGCGUCGAGAUGCCUCGUCUUUCACGAAUGCCUCCAAACGAAACCUCCUUGAGGUGCAGGUGUGAGGAGUGCAUGUGUCCGAGAUGCCGACUUUUACGGGGACAUGCUGACGGAGGAACAGAGGAGAUUCUGCGGGUACUGUAG